AUGUCGACAACAGCGAGCAAGGGGAGCUUCCGCUCCAGGAUGCCCCUUUGGGUCACAAACAUGGGACGACGGACGCUGGGAAUCACAUUGCUCCUGGUUGUGGUAUUCCUAUGGACGGUAUCCAACUUCCUCGCCAGCGUCAUGUUCGCCGAUGGCUCCUACAACAAGCCCUUCUUCCUCCUCUACGUCAACAUCUCCAUGUUCGCCUUCGCCCUAAUACCCAUGGGAAUCCGACACGUUAUGCAGUGCGGGUGGCCGGCAUCGAAGCGACAGCUGGUGGAGGCCUGGUACGAGAUACGACAGGGCAGGUCAUACCAAAAAGUGGCCACAGUCGACGACGAAGACGAAAUGGCGGGCGAGAGCCUUUUGGUCGACGACACAGGCAGCAUCGAAACCAACAACAAGUCUGAGGCGCUCAGCCUGGCUAAGACCUUCUGGCUCAGUCUCGAGUUCAGCAUGCUGUGGUUCGCGGCCAACUACUUCGCGUCGGCAUGUCUCGAGUACACCAGUGUCGGCAGCGUGACCAUCCUGACAUCGACGAGCAGUAUCUGGACUCUGAUCUUCUGCGCGCUGGCCGGUGUGGAAGGGUUUACGGUACGGAAACUUCUGGGAGUGCUGGCGUCGCUGGCCGGCGUGGUGCUCAUCUCGUCGCUGGACAUGAGCGGCGCGAGUGACGAGAUGCGAGGAGACUUCCCGGAGAAGUCGAGGACGGAGAUUGCCAUUGGCGAUGCCAUGGCCUUCUUCAGCGCCAUUGUGUAUGGCGUUUAUGUGACGGUUAUGAAGAAGAGGGCUGUGGAUGAGGAUCGAAUGAACAUGACGCUGUUUUUUGGGAUUGUGGGGGUACUUAAUCUGAUAUUCCUUUGGCCACUAUUUAUUAUCCUGCAUGUCACAGGGAUCGAGACUUUCGAACUACCACCAAACGGCACAACUUGGGCCAUCAUCUGGAUCAACACUAUCUCUUCCUUCUUCAGCGAUAUCAUCUGGGCAUACGCCAUGCUCCUCACCACGCCGCUAGUCGUUACCGUCGGCCUGUCCCUUACGAUCCCGCUGUCGCUUAUCGGCGAGAUGAUCCAAUACCACCAAUAUUCCAGCUGGAUUUACUGGGUUGGAGCUGGUAUUGUGGUCUUCUCGUUCGUGUUUGUGAACAACGAGAGCCAGGAGGAAGGCGGUGGUAAUGGAGAGGGCAAAGCGGACGGUAAGGAGCAACAUACAACGGCUGAGCUGAGGAGCAUUGUGGGAGGAUCGAGUACUUCCGACGCAGCUAUCGCUGUCUAA